AUGGUGGGCGCUACAGGCGCGGAAAAAGAUAGGGACGGUGGCGUCUCCCGAGUGUGGAUUCGACGCCUGGUUGGGACGGUUGGCGCAAGCGGCCCGGAACUCAGUUCUGAAGAGUGCUUAGAGCGGGGCACUUUAAGGCUAAGGGGUGGUGGUUCGCCAACGCGAAAUUCUAAGGGACGGUUCACUCGUGGAUCAGCCACUAAGAAAGCUCAAGAGGAAGCAACGAGGUCGACGGCGCCUCCAUCGGAUGCUGAGAUAUCGGAGACCUCAUCAAGUGCAGGGACCCGGAGUCGACCUAAUAGCAGGCAAAACAGGAGGAAAAAAGAUAAAAAGAAGGAUAAGGGAGAGGGUACCAGAACAGGUGAAGAAAAGAAUGACAGAAAGAGGGGGAAAUCUUGUUUAAGCAAGGAAAAUAACGGGGAAAAUUCUGGUGACGAGUCAGAAAAGGAAGGAGAUAGGGGAUACAUGGGGGGAAGAGGGGUUGAUUCACGCUCACCCUCUCCGACAAUUUCCCCAGAUAACAGACCCAGAUCCCGAUUCUGGACGGCAGAGGACGACGAGAAGCGCUUAUCAGGGGCCUCCUCAAACGACGAAGACAACUCAGAGGAGGAUGUCGCGCUUAUGGAUAUACAGGAGGCUAACCUGAAAAGGCCGAAACGCAACAGUGACGAAGACGCUCCUGAACGAAAAAAGAGCACCGCUAAAAGAGGUCAGGCAAUGGGGGCCUAUGUUGGCCUCCAUGAGGCAAAAGCCCGCCUGCAGGAGAUGGAGUAUGAAGAGUUGGAGAGGGAGCCCGGAAAGGACUCCAACUACACUCCACACAAGACACAGCCCAGAGACCCAGCGCUGACGAAGAGCAGAGUAACAGCGCUAGGGGAGACCCUGUGGCACUGGUGCGACGCUGCGCAAAAACGGUAA